AUGUCGUGGGUAAAUCAGUAUUUAAGCACGGGCAACCAUGGCUCUAUACAAUACGACGGAGGUGUUUUAUAUCCGGGACCAGAGGAAGACAUUGAAAUGGCGGAAAGAAUUCCAUUAACAAAUGUUAAUCGUUCUCGUAGCAGUAAUGAUAUUCGAACAGUGCAAAGAGAGGAUGCUGCUAAUCGUAUAUGGUAUGGAGAUAAUCCAGCAUACGACGAUUUGGAAACGAGUGGCGAGACAGUUGAAUUUGAACGCGUGCCUGAAACAAGGCCAGAAGAAAGUAAUCUUGGACACAAAGGAUAUAAUUUACCCGGCAGUGAUUACGUAGGAUCGGGAAAUCCUAUAAAUAUAGACGCACCGCGCAGUGGAGCAGAUGCCAUUGCUAAAGAGCACGACGUAGGAUACGAUAAUCUGUUAAAGGAAGCAAGAGAACGACCAUUUACAGAAGAAGAGUUUAGACAACGAGUUCAACAAUUGGAUGCAAAAGCUAUAAUUGAUUUUGCAAUUGACUGGAGUCAUACACGAAAUUGGCAUUCAUUUGUGGGAAAGUACGGCCUGAAAUUGAAGACAGCUGUUGAACAACGUAUCGGAAAAACUUUGUACCCGAAACAACUGAAUGCAGAAAAAACAGAUCACGACCGCCCAUCAACAUCUGGUUCAGCCACUGGAACAAGUUCUGUAGACGAACAUCACGUCGACCACGAAGUAUCAGAUAGCGAAGAAGACGAAGACGAACAAGGACCAGAAGAAACACAACAACAUUCUGAACCACAACGUUUAGUACCAUAUUCUGACAGUGACGAAGGUAUGAGUUCGCCAAUGCAGGUAGAUUCAGGUAAACGACAGGCUGCAGCAGGUCAAUCUGGUGGAUCCAAGAAAAAAAAAGCGUUAACAGGCACUGCAGCACCAUCUGCUAACGUACUGGGUGAUUCUCCUAAUACUCGUGAAUCAAAACAUGACGCGGCGUCGUUUCAUGAUUCGAGGGUCAGCAACUGAUAAAAAAAAGGGGCCCCGCGGGGUCCCAAGGUCGCGAUGGCGGCUGUCCAUGUCCCGCUGAGAUGAUUUGUCCUUUUAGGACAACACGUCUA